UGUAGAAGGCAACACAGGAAGAAAAUACAAACAAUCUGAGAUUGCAGUAACCCAUGAACAUGUUCACCCGGCUACUGUGCAUCAGUGAUUAUGAACAACAUGCUAAAUCAGUACUUCAAAAGUCUAUAUAUGACUAUUACAGGUCAGGGGCAAAUGAUCAGGAGACUUUGGCUGAUAAUAUUGCAGCAUUUUCCAGAUGGAAGCUGUAUCCACGGAUGCUCAGGAAUGUUGCUGAGAUAGACCUGUCGACUUCUGUUUUAGGGCAGAGAGUCAGCAUGCCAAUAUGUGUUGGGGCUACUGCCAUGCAGUGCAUGGCUCAUGUGGAUGGAGAGCUUGCAACUGUGCGAGCCUGCAGGUCACUGGGAACCGGCAUGAUGCUGAGUUCCUGGGCUACCUCCUCAAUUGAAGAAGUGGCAGAAGCUGCUUACGAGGCACUUCGCUGGAUGCAACUGUACAUCUACAAGGAUCGUGAAGUUACCAAGCGUCUAGUGCAGCGGGCUGAGCGGAUGGGCUAUAAGGCCAUAUUCGUAACAGUGGACACACCUUACCUGGGCAAUCGCAUCGAUGACGUGCGUAACAGGUUCAAGCUGCCACCCCACUUCAGAAUGAAAAAUUUUGAAACCAAUGAUUUAGCAUUUUCUCCUAAGGAAAAUUUUGGAGACAACAGCGGACUUGCUGAAUAUGCGGCUAAAGCCAUAGACCCAUCUCUCAGCUGGGAGGAUAUUAAAUGGCUGAGGGGGCUGACCUCACUGCCAAUUGUUGCAAAAGGCAUUUUGAGAGGAGAUGAUGCCAGGGAGGCAGUUAAACACGGUUUGGAUGGGAUCUUGGUGUCGAAUCAUGGAGCUAGACAACUUGAUGGGGUGCCAGCCACUAUUGAUGCUCUGCCAGAAAUCGUAGAGGCCGUUGAAGGGAAGGUGGAAAUCUUCCUGGACGGGGGUGUUCGGAAAGGCACGGAUGUCCUGAAAGCUCUGGCCCUGGGAGCCAAGGCUGUGUUUGUGGGGAGGCCAAUCAUUUGGGGCUUAGCUUCUCAGGGAGAGAAAGGUGUACAAGAUGUCCUUGAGAUUCUAAAGGAAGAAUUCCGUUUGGCCAUGGCUCUGAGUGGGUGCCAGAAUGUGAAAGUCAUCGACAAGACAUUGGUGAGGAAAAAUCCUUUGGCCCUUUCCAAGAUCUGACAGUGCACAAUAUUUUCCCAUCUGUAUUAUUUUUUUUCAGCAUGUAUUACUUGACAAAGAGACACUGUGCAGAGGGUGACCACAGUCUG